ACACGACGGGCUAACGCCUUCGUCCUUUGCUGUCUUUCAGAGUCUUUCUACUGUGUGCUAGUUUGAAUUUUCAUGUUACUACUCCAGGAGCAUCGUGAAGUUAUAUUUUAGAGUUUCACCACAAGGACAUGCGGUACUUUAAUCCCGGCAGGGCUCUCGGUCGCUGAUUCUAGGACCUAAAACAGCUUGCUGUGCGAUUUCAGAUGGUUAUGUGUUUGGCUGUUAAUUCACACGAAUUUUUUUAUUUGUAAAAUAGCCUGUAUAUGCCGUUUUUUGAUGACUCGCUGUAUUCAUCUAAUGUGGAAUGGUAUCGGCAGACUCCUUGUCCACUAGAAAGUGAGCAGGACCACCCACUGUCACCAUCAGUCAUAGGAGCAGUGGAAUCUUCUGUGUUGUAGCUUACACUUUAGCCCAAUAACGUGUAGCUAGAGUUAGAUAUGAUGGAUGCCCUGGACUCCAAAGCUGAACGUAUUGCCCGCUACAAGGCAGAGAGAAGGCGGGAAUUGGCUGAACGGUAUGCGAACUUGGAGGACAGUUCAUCCCUGAAUACACGGAGGGAAAAACAUCUGGAAACUACAGACACCUCUUUGCAGAAGACUGAUCUUUCCUCUGUACCGAGUCAGUACAGUAACGAUAGCAUUGCUAUUAGCAGCCAAGGUGACAGGAGCAAUUCUGAGUCAAGAACAGAUCCCACACUAUUCUCUAACACCUUCAUUAGCCACAGUGAUGAGAGCAACCAAGUAACACGUUUACGCCAACAUCACAGUCUGUUGGGAGCAGAUGAAGCCCAGAAUCCACAGGAUGACGGGAAAGCAGAUGAUGACGCCAAAACUGGUAUGCCUGCCAAGAUGUGUGUUUUAAAGGAGUUGGAGAAGACCGACAACUCAGCAAAUACAAAGAACCAAGCAGAUGACGCUAGUCACAAUGCAAAGCCACAAAGAGAGUAUAUAAGUUGGAAGAGGACAAUUUCCACCAGCCAUUCCUCAUCAGAUGAAGAUGGGAAAAGUUCUGAAGAAAAAAAGAGUUUCAGAGAGGAUGAAAAGAGAUCUUGCUUUCAGUCCCUAACUGCAGAAGAGGAGGAUGUGAAAAACAAUGUUGUGAAUGUGAUUGAAAAAACGGUUACACAGAAUGAGCAGAAAGCAAAAAAGGGGCAGUGUUCUGAGGUCACAGAGGAGCCAAAAUCCAUCACUCCAGUUCUGCAGAGACAGGACUCAGGUCAGCGCAGCAUCAAAGGAAUCCUGAAGAAGAGCCACUCAACUUUGGACAUAGAACCCCCUGAGUUGGAGCAGAUCACAACUCCUGUCAUCGAAAUCUGCAAGGAUCUUACUGUUGUUGAUGGAAAGAAGGGAAAGGAUGAAGAGGUUAAAGAUGAUGACGAUAAAGAGAUAAGGAGACUUCAGAGAGAGGAAAGCAGCUCGAGUGAGACUCCUCGUACUCCUUCCCCAGAAUCUGUGGACAAAACCCCCUCCGACUCCACUGUAGAAGGGGAAGAGCUAGAUAGCAGCCUGGAUGAGAGUAUGAGCUCCUCCCUUAAAGAAAGGCUGUCCGAGUUGAAUUGUGGUGAAGAUGAGUGUCGGGGCAAGUUAAAGAAGAAUAAACUCACCAAUGUGGUCCCAACAGCCCUGGCUGAGCGUUACGUUCAGCUGCAGGAUUGUGAGAAUGCCUGGAGGAAGAAGAAAUCAUCUGCAGACAUAGAAUCAAAAAUGUCUUUGGCUGAACGUAUGAAGAUCUUGCAUGAGAAGGAGGAACAAUGGAAAGCUAAAGGCAAAGGAGCUUCUAAUGACUCUUCCCAGUUCUCUGUGGCGGGCCGAAUGGCUAAGAGAGGUUUAAUGUCACCUAACACAGAGGAUGUUCCCAUCAUCCUCAGCAAGAAAGCCAGCAACAGCACACCAGUUAAACCAUUAGAAGAAAUCUCCACACAUCCUGAUGCUGAAGGAGAUAAAAGACUGGACAAACUGGAGUCCUUUUUGGACAGACUUCACAAUAAAGGAGUUGUGGGCACAAAAAAUUCCACCAUCGAGGUGAUGGAGGAAAAAGAGAAGGAGGUGAUGACACUGGAUGAUGAGGAGACAUUUGGGCGGUUCUACAGUUGCUUAUCACCCACUGCUCUGAGUUCCAGUGUCCUGCUGGUUGAGGAAGAAGACUUCAGCAUCAUCAAGUCUGACACACCUAAACUAACAUCAACAGUUGAGGAACACAAACGCUCAGUGCGGCCUUGUAGGAGAACCAAGAGCUCGAGAAACCCUCUCCGUGCCCUGGCAGCACGAGAUGACCUCAGACAGGCUUAUACUGAGCAGAGACUGAAUGUGGCCUCCGUGGAGACCAAAAGGAUACAAAUGGAGCGAAUGGCCAAACACUCAAAUUUGGCAGACACCGCUUUGGCAGGUCUGGCCAGCAAAGAAAACUUUAAGAAAGUCAAUCUGCGGAGCGUAAAGUCUACAGAGGUGGUGACCAACAACAGCGCUGUGCCUUUCCACAAGCUCAUGCUCAUCCACAUUAAAGGGCGCAGGCAUGUCCAGGUGCGUCUGGUUGAACCCACAGCCCGCUCACUGAACAGUGGUGACUGCUAUCUGCUCAUCACUCCCAAACACUGCUUUUUCUGGAGUGGAGAAUUUGGCAAUGUAAUCGAAAAAGCCAAGGGUUCAGAGAUGGCUCAGUAUGUGCAGACGAAGAGAGAUCUGGGCUGCAAAGCUCCCCAGGUCACUGUGCUGGAGGAGGGAAUCAACACAGACAACCGUUCAGCCAAAGAGUUCUGGAGUCUGCUGGGAGGAAAGACUGAUUACCGAGGUGCAGGGGAGCCGGAGGAAGAUGAACUAUAUGAGAGUGCUGUUGUGGAGUCAAACUGUGUCUAUAGGUUGGUGGAAGAUAAGCUGGUUCCUUAUGAGGAGGCCUGCGCAUCCAUCCCCAGUGUCUCUCUUCUUAACUCUAAGGAGGCGCUGGUGUUUGACUUUGGUAGCGAAGUGUAUGUUUGGACAGGAAAAGAUGUUCCAUUGAGUGACAGGAAGGUAGCAGUACAGUUGGGCAAACAGAUCUGGAGUGGAGCGUACGACUACAGCACUUUCAGGGUCAACCCUCUUGACCCCUCCUCAGCUAAUAAAGACACCCCUAAACAAGGUGAUGGCAGGCCAAGCUGGGCCCUGUUUGGUCGGCUGUCAGAACACAAUGAAACAGCUUUGUUCAAAGAGAAGUUUUUAGACUGGGCAGAGAGGAAGCCCUCUAAGGAUGAACCAGUGGUGGAAGAGGUGAAGAGUCCAGUCUUUCAGCCCCUUCCCACUUGUGACUCCGAACUGAAGCCAUGUGAUGCUGCAGAGAUGCUGGCGGGAGUGCCAGGCCCUGUGAAGAUGGUGCUGGAGGGUGUGGAUGUGCAGAGAGGUUAUGGAUUGGUACUUUCUGAGGAUGGACGGCAGGCUGAGCUGGCCACCUUAGCUGUGGACGCAUGGCACAUACGCGAGUUUGAUGACUUUGAGAUACCACCAGAAAGCGUGGGUCAACUGCACGAGGGUGACACCUAUGUCAUCCGCUGGAAAUACUCUGUCACUAAUGUUGUGGGUAAGAGACAAAAGCCUGGUGAAAUGAGUACAGCUGGUCCAGGCAGGGAACGCACAGCAUGCUUCUUUUGGCAGGGACGUCACUCUAGUGUCAGUGGGCGUGGCACAUCUGCCCUCAUGACAGUAGAGCUUGGCAACCACAGGGGGGCGCAAGUGCUGGUUACACAGGGAAAAGAACCUCCCUGCUUCCUCCAACUCUUCCAGGGAGGGCUAGUCAUCCACCGGGGCUCCAGGGAUGAUAGCUCCAAAAACACGGGAGACUGGCAUUUAUUCUGUGUGCGUGGAGAGACAGAGAUGGAAGGCUCACUGGUUGAAGUAGAGUGCUGUUGUGCCAGCCUGCGCUCUCGUGCUAGUUUGAUUCUGCUUGGGGUACAGAAGGGACAACUUUACUUAUGGCAUGGCUGUAAGUCUCAUCCAGGUGCCCAGAAAGUGGGCAAGAGGACCGUGGAGCGCCUCACUCAGCUUUGUGAGCUGGGUUUGAACAGUAACAGCAGUUUGAAAGUGCAUGAGAUAGAGGAAGGAACUGAGCCCAAGGAAUUCUGGGACGCUCUUGGCAAGCAGGACAGGAAAUCAUAUGAUUGCAUGCUACAAGAUCCAGGUAAGUAUAAUUUCACACCACGUCUUUUCCGUCUGAGCGCCUGCGGUGGGACUUUUCAGGCAGAGGAGCAGUAUGGGCCCGCCCAAAUGAUAGGAACUGCAAUGGCCAUGCCAUUCCUUCAGGAGAACUUGUAUUCAGCCCCUCAGCCUGCCUUGUUCUUGGUGGAUAACAGGAUGGAGGUGUACCUGUGGCAAGGACAGCAGCCAGAAGAUACAGAAUGUACUGGCUCAGCUAAGAUCCGCUGGGACAGUGAGAGGAAGUGUGCCAUGGAGACAACACUACAGUACUGCCAAGAGAAGAACUCUAGACGGCCUCCUCAGGCAUACCUGAUCCUGGCUGGUGCAGAACCACUCACCUUUACCAACAUCUUCCCUUAUUGGGAGAAAGACCUGGCUAUUAAAGUGCAGGUUGAAGGAACGCGUAAUAAAGUGAUCCUGGUUAAAGAUGCUCUAUCUAAACUCAGCAGGCAGCAGUACACCAUUGAGGAGCUCACCUCUAAACCUCUGCCAGAGGGAGUGGACCCUCUGCACCUUGAGAGCUACCUGUCAGAUAAAGAUUUCCAGAGUGUUUUGGAGAUGACACGGGAUGAAUUUAUUGCCCUCCCGAACUGGAAACAGCUGAAUAUAAAAAAGAGCAAAGGCUUCUUUUAAAUUACAGAAUUUUUUGUCGCUUCAAUCUGUUGUAUAUUCAGGGUUUUUUUUUUCCUCUAGACCUGCAAUACCAGUAUGUACAGUUUGUCUUAAAAAGAGUAACCCGCCUAUGGCUGUAGUAGUUGCAUACAUUCAUAGCUUUUGAUCACAAUACUUUUUUUUUUUUUUUACACAGUUUUAGGCCUUAUUUACACUGUCAGUUAAUUGUGACCCAAUUCCAAAUUUUUUGCUCAUACGUGACACAGAUCAGAUCAGUUCUAUGACAGUGUAAACAGGAAAAAAAUGCAUACAUUCUGAUAUUUUGAGACCUGUUUCAGAACUCAUUUAUAUGUGGAAAUAAAUCAGAUGUCAUUGCGACUGUCAUGUAAACAGGCAGAUUGGAUUUUCUGAGGCAUUAAAACUUUUUAGUAUUUAGUACUAAAUUCAACAAUUUAGUACUUAUCUGCAGUUUAAUGAUGUUAUGUGAAAAGUACGUGUGGAAGACUAACAUGACAUUAACAUUAAAUAAUAGCAAAUACAAUAUGCUUGUAGAAAGUGUAAACACAGAAAUUGGAUAUGGGUCAAUAUUAAUAAGAUCGUGUAAACAGAAGGUAAAAAAAAAAUUAGAUAUAGGCAACAAAUCAGAAUUGAGCAUCAGGAUCUAUAAUGUAAAUAUGUCCUAAGUAUUAACACAUCUCCGCAUUUAAUGCAAAAAGCAUUUUGUUUUAGCAAUGUUUUAGCACUAGCUUGAAGCAUGUGGACAUAAAUCUAUUUCAUUAUGCACAUGCUUUAAUUUUUAAAGUGUAUCAUAUUUUUUUUUACCGUUUAACCUUGUCGCUAGUAAAUUGUGACCUUAAAAUACAUUAAACACUAACGGUGACAAUUCAUGCAAUCAUUCAGAAACAAAUAGGGGCCUUACGCUCAGUCACUGAGCUCUGCAAGAUUUUUAUUGGAAAGUGAAUAGCUCUUUAAGCCAUAUUGUGUACAUAUAUUAAGUGCACAGCUCCCUCAGUAAUAAGUAUGACUAACAUACAGUAUUAUGUGAUUGUGAUCUUUAUAAGGGUUAUCAUACAGAUAACAAAUAAUUUGUGUAUGUGGAUUCUGAAUGUGUAGUAUUUGUGCAGAACCAAAUGUGCCACCAAACAUACUGUAGUAGCGCUUGGUUGAUAAUAAAUGCUAUUCAGUGUCAUACCACUAGACGUCA